GGAAUAUAAAUUCAUUAUGUACAUUUUACACUGUUAUUUUACAGUUUGUUCUUGUAAAUUUACAGAUAAUAAUUAGUCAAAUCACAGAGAAAAACAGAAAUCUAUACGUUGACUUAAGGAAAAUAUGUAUAAUCUAACAGAACUGGGAAUAUCUGCAAAUUGUUCAAGAAAUUACUGUUCUAAAUUGCUUUUAAAACCUGUGUUAGCUGUAAUCUCUGAAUUUAACCAUCCAGAAAUAAAAACUAUAGGUAUAAACUACAUCAUUUUGACUAAUUAUACUAUAAAUUUUAAAAUAAUUAAAUUGUCUCACUGAUUUUAAUGUUAUUUUUUUAACAAUUAAUGGUUGUUUUAUGUAGUUUUCCUUUAAACAGAAAAAAACAGACUCAGGUCGACUAAGUGGUUAUUUAUGAAGCUGUGUGACACACGGCUGUCGUUAAAAAUAAAAAAUAAAAAGUCCUUGUGGUCAAAGCAGAGAAAACUAAUUAAAAUCUGACCUGGCUGCUGCAGACGUCUGUGUUUUUAGAAGAUGUGAAACCGUCUUUGACGCGUCUCAUCUGCAGAAUGUGAACUCAGUUGAUAAAGUGAAGUGAAAGUAAAAGUGUAAUCGAUGAGGCCUUCGGUUUAUUUUUAGUGAUUGGAAGCAGAGUGGAGGCAGUUGUUAGUCAGAAUUAUUAAACAUUCUACAACAAAAAUCAAUAGAAAGUCAAAAUUCUGACUGAGAAUUGAGAGAAAAAUGUGCAUUUAUGAAAAAAAGUUGAUCAUUUGAUCAGAAUAAGUGAUGAAAACGUGUUUUGUGGUUGGAAAAGAUUGAACGGUGAGAUAUAUCAGGGUGUAAACUAAAUACUGCCUUUGUUUUUUUGAACAUCAGGUGCAGAGGAAACGUGCAAAGGUGCAUGAAUGGAAAGCAGGUUUCUCACAGCCCGACUCUAACCAACAUCCUGGCUUCAGACUUUAUUUGCAUCUUCUCUUCGUUUUAGUUCAGUCGAGCUGCUGCACAGACAGAAACAAACUGAGCUGAGCCAUGAGUUCGAUGCUUCGCAGCUGCUUCCCCUGCAGAUCCCGCAGAAUCAGAGCAACAUUACUCAAAACUGACUAAAGGAUUUGGAUGAAAUUUUCAGAGAAGGUCAGAAAUGACACAAGGACCAAAUGAUUAGAUUCUGGCAGUGAUGCAGCUUAUAGUCUGGAUCCAUGGAUUUAUUAAAGAUUUCUGUACCAUUGCCAGAUAGUUGCACUGCGUCACUGUAACCAUGACAACAAGUGAACACUACAUUAGCUGCCUGCUGAUGAUCACAUGAUUGUGAUCCUACUACAAAUCCACCACUGAGGACUUAUCAGGACUUAUCUGUUGGAAAUGACACAAGGAACAAUUGAUUAAAUUGUGGGGGUGUUUCUGAGUCCCAUUAAUUCCAGCUACAUAUUUAGGUCACGUGAUUCGGUAUCCGUACAUAACAUAAACAUGCAUAACACACAUCUGUGCUCAGCGCAAGCUCAUUUUGUUUGUGGGUACAUCUACAUUAAAUGGGAACAUUCUAUAGUGCCGUGAUUUCUGCCACAAAUAUUUUCUUGUUUUCUUAAUAUUCUUUCACUUUUAUUGCCCACUAAAGUCCAGAUCUGAAAGCUUCAUUAUUGUUUUCCAGACUCUGUUUCAGGUUAAUCUGUGGCUCCCUUCUAGCUUAGCUGUUAGCUGCUAGCGUAGCCUUGGCUGCUGCAAGAGAAGCUAACUUCCUGGUUUGUGGCUUAUGUUUCUUGUUUAGUUUUUGCUCCUUGAGACACAUUUCUGAAACAAGAGUGAUGAAAGACAGAUAGAGGAGGCUGAGUACUGAAGCCCUCUGAGUGCUUUUCUAGUUAAUAUACACCACCGUUCAAAAGUUUGAGGUCACCCAGACAGUUCUCACACUUUUAUCCAUGUGCAACUGCACAAGGGUUUUCUAAUCAUCAAUUAGCCUUUCAGCACCAUUAGCUAACACAAUGUAGCAUUAGAACACAGGAGUGAUGGUUGCUGGAAAUGUUCCUCUGUACCUCUAUGGAGAUAUUCCAUUAAAAAUCAGCUGUUUCCAGCUAGAAUAGUCAUUUAGCACAUUAAUAAUGUCUACACUGGAUUUAUCAUUCAUUUUAUGUCAUCUUCAUUGGGAAAAAAAAGGAGAUUUGUAAGUGACCCCAAACUUUUGAACAGUAGUUUAUGUAAUUUAACAAAACAGGGAAAGAUCACUAAAGUAAGUGUUGAAAACAAUGCAGUUAGAAAUGGUUAGAAAGUGUAAUUUUUGAGCAGUGCUGGUAGUGUUCCUCCCCAUCGUGUUGUUCACCUGUUGGUGGCGCUAGACUGACUCUGAGGGGAAUCCAGCAUUUACUAAAUGUUUGUCCAGAGUUUCCUAAGAAUCCAUGACGGCGCUGAGAAAACGUUCAGUGUCAACUGAAGAGAAGAGCAGCCGGAUCUAAAAACAGAACAGAGUGUGUGUGUGUGUGUGUGUGUGUGUGUGUGUGUGUGUGUGUGUGUGUGUGUGUGUGUGUGUGUGUGUGUGUGUGUGUGUGUGUGUGUGUGUGUGUGUGUGUGUGUGUGUGUGUGCGUGCGUGUGCGUGUGUGUGUGUGUUUUAUGUUCUUGGAGCAGGAGGAGCUUGUCGUCCUUCUCGUCUUUAAAGCUCCCUCCAGCUCUGAGCAGCUUCAGUUCCAAACAGCAGCGACUGAGAUCAGGCUUUGACAGAGCCUUUCUCAGAGUGUUGGGCUCGUUUUCCGCCCGGAUGAGGAUGCGGAUGCGAAGUCGGUCAAACUCGUCGGAUGCCGGCGGCACCAGUCCGAACCUACUUCAAGAUCAGAGCAGCAGAUCUGCAGGUCAAGGAUGGCUGAAAGGAAAAUUCCCGAAGCUGUUUAGAAGCCAGGCAGGCCCAACAGGAACGGCUGGAGUCGGUGGUUCUGCUAUUACUGAUGGACAACAGAUACAUGAAGAGGAGCCUCCAGUCGUGAUCCCCACGUUUGAGCAGAACCUAGAGGAUCGUAAUCUGCGUGAAGCCGUCCAGCUGCUGAUAGAACAAGAGCAGCGUCUGUUCGGGGAGAUAAGGGAGUCUGUGGCUCUUAAAUGUCACGAGGAGGAAGUGAAGAAACUGGCCACAGACCGAGAAGCCCUGGAGGAGCUGGUGUUCCAGACUCUGGAGAAGAGUUUGGAGAUCGAUGGUGACAACAUGGCGGCGGCCCUCAGGUCUGCUGUGGAGGCCGUCCAGCUGGAGGAGCAGCAGGACCAGCUGUGGAGGCAGAACCAGAGGACGUCUCCGUCCUGGAGGCCCAGCGGCUGGAGGAAACGCCACGACUCGACGCUGCGCCGGCUUGUUGAGAGGCGACUGGACAACGAGGAGGACCAGAAGACUCCCAACAACCAGCAGUCGACCCUGCAGGCCGACGUCCAGGGCAUGGGCCGGCAGCUGAAGGAGGACCUGCUGCUGGUGGUGAAGGUCCUGAAGAGCUGCUACCCUCCAGACAUGGACAUCUGCAACCUCUACGCCAGGAUGUUCCACCAGAGCUUCAGCGCCAGGCUCAAGAAGAUCGCCGACUACGUUCUGGAAGAUAAGGAUGGUACCUUGUUGCUGCUCUGGGUCAACAAGUACUACCCAGGGAUCCUGCAGAAACCAGAGUUGGUGAAUGAGAUCGAUGCUGAAGCUCUGGGAAAACUGCUGCCUGAACAUCUACUGGAACCUCUGGAGGAGCAGUUUCUGAGCAACCAGCAGAGUGAACUGAAGACCAACCUCGACAACAUCCUGAAGGAAGAGAAGGAAAAGUGGACGAAUGGAGACGAACCGAGCAGAGAGGACAACUGCUACGUCAGCCCUGUGGCCUACGACGUCAUCGUGCUCCUCAAUGGGAGGGUGACGUCAGCUCAGAUGAUCGUUGGAGACCAGCAGAAAGCUCAGAGCAUCACGGUCCAACUGACAGACUUCAUGAAACAGUACAAAACGUUUCAGGAAGACGUCAUCAAGCAGAACAGAGCGAACAGCAAAUCUUUGAUCAAAGCAACUCUCGACUGCAUCCAACAGUUCAGCGACGUCCUGGUUAAAAAAAAACUUCCGCUCGCUGAAAACGUUCGAGAAAGCUGCCUGUGUGUCCUGACUGACAUGAGACAAUCUGCUCACGCUUAUUUAUUAAACCCCAUACACAAAGUCCUCAAGCCCCACUAUCAGAAACUGGGAACCAGCGACUGGCUGAAGAAGAACCCGUUUGAGAAGCUGAUGAUCAGCGUCAAGAAAGAACUUGAGGAUCUUCAGGGUUCGUCUCCAUCGUGUCACCAGGAGCUGAUGGGUCGGCUUCACCAGGAGGUGACGGAGCAAUACGUGAGGAGGCUGCUGAAGGGAGACGUGAAGCUGAAGGACAGGGAGAAGCAGCAGAACGCCUAUCAGACCAUUACAGACAACGCAGAGAGUUUACACAAACUGUUCAGCAGCAUGGGAUCACAGGAGGACUGGUUAAAGGAAAUCCUGAUCAAGAUCGCAGAAGUUCUGAAGCUCCAAGACGUCCCGGCCAUUCAGAUGCAGAUCGUUUCGCUGGGCUCGGCGUAUCCUGACCUCAGUGAAAAACACGUCUCGGCUCUGCUCAAACUCAAGACAAAUCUCUCCAAAACCGACAGGAAAAACGUCAAAGAGACUCUGGUGGACACUCUGAAAGAAACCAGCGCCGACUACGACACUCGGCCGUUUUUCUGCAGAAUCGAGAUCAAAUAAUGGACUUUUCUCAGUUUGCUGUGGGUUGUUUUGGUUACUGUAUUAAUAUGUGAGCUGCUGUCAUCAUAGUGCUGGCAGAUAUGGUGCUUCUCACUGCUAAAGAAAUCACAUUGGAGUGAGAGUUGUUUGAUAGUGUGUAUAAUUUUUUAACAUCAAAUCAGUGUUAUAGUUUAUUGUUUUUAUUCAUUAUAGGAAGACACAUUUUUCACACGUCUUCUGGUGUACAGAAAAUAAUGUAAACUAAAUUUCUAAAUAAAAUUUGAAAUGGAGCUGA